AUAAUCGUAGCUUUCUGUGCCUUUUAUCUGUCAAAACCCCCAAAAGUCAACAAUAUAAACAACACAGAAAAAAACAAAAUAUUGUUUACUCCACAAUCAGUGAAAAUUGUUGAAAGCUUUAUUCGGUUCCGCAGACAUGGACGACCAAAAAAACUCGCGAAUUUUCCGAAUGCAGCCAAUUUUGUGCCCUUGGAUAACUUCGCAGCCUUAUCAUUCAUCACUUUGUAAUAAAAAUAGAGCUUCGAACCAAAGCAGUGAGCCCACCUUGCCUAACCGUUUUUUAAAUAAUCCUUGGAUAAACAAACAGAUGCCCUUAGGGAUGCCACGGUCUCAAGACAAACAAUUACCGUCAAUUCAACAAUCUUCAAGUCAGUUCUUCUAUUUUCUUCGCUUGAUGCAGCUUUUUCCCGAUACUCAUCCAGCCACACUUCAUACAGUUUUAGUCUUGUGCAAAAAUGAUUUCUUUUGUGCUGUUGAUAAAAUGCUCUAUGCCAAGCGGUGCAAGCUUUUGUGCUAUAAGAAGAAUCUGAUUCAGAAGACGCACCAGAACCGGAGGAGUUUGCCGAUUAGGAUUAAUCAGAUCAGUAAAAAACAAACCAGUUGUGUGACCACGGAAAAGAAAACGGAUGAAACAAGCCAAGACGUGCCAGAGCGCAAUGUUCUUAAUUCAUUCGUCGAAAAGGCUGAAGAUUUGUCAACAAUAAACAAAACUUCAGUUCAAGAUUAGUUGUUUUUUGAAAUUUUAUGAAUUAUUGUUAGCAUUAUUAUUUAUCAAAAUGUGAUAAUCAAAUCCAUGGUUUUAUUUCAAAAUUUGAAUUUUUCCCAACCAUCCCUACUCAUCCCUUCCCUUCUCCGGUAGGACAGAGGCAACAUUGCAGAAUUCUCACUGUGUGUUAGUGUAAAACUUAGACAAUGGGUGACAACACAGCCCCAAAGAAAGUUAUUUUGAAUCCUGUUAUGACACCGCCUUGGAAAAUCCAGGAGAAAAACUACGAAAAUCCCGCUAACAACCUACCAUGUCCUGUAAAGCGAAAGCAAAAAAUUGUUAGGAAAGCCAAUCCGGUGGCUUCGGUGCCAAACACGGAACGGGAGGCUCUAAGAAACAAAAAUAUAGAAUCCCUAAUGGCUCGAUUUCCUGGUUUGAAGAAAUACCAAGCUCGAGCGGCUUUAACAAUAUCUGAGAAUAAAUUAGAUAAGGCAAUAAUUAUUCUCGAAGUGUCUAGUUGCUACCGCAGGAAAGUUCAUACUCAGGUGGAUGAUUCGGUUUAUUUGAAAAAUAUUCAGAUCACUUUAAAGUACGACGACAAACAACUGGAUCCGACUGUGAGAAAUGUGGUUAUUGAAAAUAUAAUUCCGGGGGAGCAAAAUGAUGCUGAUUUGUCAUUCAUUGAUGUUUGUGGACACGAUUCGAGCGCCUCGUCUAGUCCCAGGGUGGGAGUCCUUAUCAGCAAAAAUAAUGAUGGAUACAGCGUUUCACCUUUGCAAUAACUAAACUGUGUUACAUGUAAUGUUUUCUAGUUAUACUAAGACUGUUACAGUUUUAUUUUUUAUAUGUUGAUAAGACUUUCCUAAAAUAUAUAUUUUUUUCUUUUAUCA